AUGGUGACAGAGAAAAAUGAGAAAUUGGAGAAAAUCAUCCUGGAACAGAACGAAAAAAUCCAGCAACUUCAGGAGUUUAACAAGAAAAUGGAAGCCAGGAUAGAGGAGCUGAUGACUGCCAAGCAACCGGUGGAGAGUUUAAAUCGGCAGAAAGAUCUGUUACACCCCAUGUCAUACAAACAUUCUAUAGAUAAGUCCAAGGCAACAAAUACAGCACAAGUCAAUCAGUCAGUGGUUCAGCCCAAAAGGAAAGAUAUACCUUUCAGGGCACUCAGGGAGCCUAUGAAUCGGCAGAAAAUCAAGUUGGAAAACUUGCAAUUGGAAGCAGCAAAUAAACAGUCAGUGGUUCUGCCUAAAAGGAAAGAUAUAGGUAUAAAUGUCAGGUCCAUAAGGGUAGGACAACCAUGGGUAAGGAAAGUCAGGUUUGGGGGAGGGGGAUCAGGAAAGGGGAAAUUCAGAGGUCCUUUUGGAGUAGCUGUCUCACAGGACAAUGAGGUUUACAUUGCUGAUUGGGAUAACAGCAGAAUCCAGGUGUUCACAAUGGAUGGUGUUUAUAUCAGAGAGUUCACAACAACUCUGCCAGGGGAAACUGGUGAAGAGUUAAACCCACAUGAUGUUGCUGUAGAUAGAAAUGGCAACCUGUGGGUGGUGGGUCAUGGUCAUGUAGUGCAGUAUUCCAGUGAAGGCACUUAUUUGGGAAAAAUAGAUCUUCGACAUGUGACAAACCUCAGUGGCAUAGCCAUAGCUAUGGCAACAGAACAGGUGAUUGUCACAGACGGGCAGAGUUGUCAACUUAGAGUAUUUUAUCAAGAUGGUUCUGACUUGGGUACAUAUGGUUCUGGUCAUAGGUCACCAGAGACUUGGUGCCCACAAUAUGUCACUGUGGAUGGGGAGGGGAACAUUCUGGUCACUGAUAUCAACAAUCACUGUGUCCAUGUCCUGGGCAGAGAAGGGAACUUCAAGUUCAAGUUUGGGAGUGAGGGAUCUGAUGAAAGUCAGCUGAAAUAUCCUGAGGGCAUUUGUAUUGAUGGGAUGGGAAACAUCAUUGUGGCUGACACUGGAUCCAGAAAUGGUUGUGUGAAAAUGUUUGACAGCCAGGGCAGAUUUCUGUGUCACAUUGAAAGUGGUUAUCCUAGGGGUGUUGCUAUGUCACCAGGUGGAGAUGUGGUGGUGACUGAUUAUGUCAAUAAUACUGUAUCAGUCUGGACACAGGGUUAGUACUGUACAGUAGAAGGUAAUGUUCAUGCUAUAAUAAAAUCUGGCAAUUAAAAUCACAUUUGUUGUUUUCCAGACUUCAGAUGAUAAUCGAGUAUUUCAUACAAUGUUUGGCUUAUAAUCAAUGCAUUUGCUGCUUUGUUAUGGAAUGAAGAAAAUACAUCAACUGUCUCCCUGUUUGUAUCUUUAAUGGUACCAACUUUGUAAAUACUAGUUGCUUACAGUCACUCUCACUAAGUUCUGAGAUGGUAGAAGGAACAUUGCAUUUUUUUUGUGAGUAAUGAGCCCAGAGUCUUAAUCACCAUUCUGCCAGUGGUGAGCAAGGCUCUCUAUGGUCAGUAAGCAGACUCUGUGGUCACUGAACAAGGACAUCACCAUAUUUGGGACACAGUGGGG